AUGCAAUUAGGGAUCUUUAAGAGAGUUUAUGCCCAAGUGGAGCAAUUCUACUGGCUUAGAUUUCUACUAUAUUUCUACUAUAUAAUUUGCCGUAAUACAUAUAGCGAAAUAUCUCAUAUCCUUCAAAAUUCAACACUUGCUGUCCCCGAGCAACCAACAUCAUCUUGGUGCAGUUCACCAGUCCCAAAACAGGUUGCUCUUACCAUACGAGAGCCACUUCCGGUUGUUCAAAAAGCUGCCCGUCCUCAGCUAUCUGUGACCACAUCAGACAAUAACAAAGAAAAAGGAAAGGAUUUAUGCACGUCCUCUGUCAUUAGUGAAACAGGGAGCGUAUCCAACACAUCUAACCAAGCUCUUCAGAUCCAAAAUACAAUUCCAACCAAAGAGACAGUAAAAUCUUCAACAGAUGUCAAAGAAGCUACUGAAUGUUUGUUUGAGAGAAACAUUAUUGUUGCAGAAGAGGAUUUGUUGCUACAGACAAAAUUAAAUACCCAACAACGAAUAGCAUAUGAUACAAUCCUUGAUAGAAUAUUUUCCAACAAAUCAGGAGCUUUUUUUGUUGAUGGACCUGGAGGAACAGGUAAAACUUUUUUAUAUCGUGCCUUAUUAGCUGCUGUACGGUCAAGAGGUUUUGUUGCCUUAGCAACAGCAAGUUCAGGUGUCGCAGCUUCGAUCCUCCCAGGAGGACGAACUGCUCACUCUCGCUUUAAGUUUCCCAUUGAAAUAGAUCAAAAUUUUUGUUGUAACAUCAGUAAACAAAGCUCACUAGCAGCUUUAAUACGUGAUGCCAAAUUAAUCGUAUGGGAUGAAGUAUCUAUGGCCAAAAAAGGACUGCUAGAAGCUUUUGAUAUUCUCUUGAGAGAUUUAAUGGACACAAAUAUCUUAUUUGGUGGAAAAGUCGUUGUCUUUGGUGGUGAUUUUAGACAAACUCUUCCUGUUGUUCGCAGUGGAAAAAAGGAUGAUUUCAUUCGAGAGAGUUUACUGUUUUCUGAAAUUUGGAAUCAGCUUGAAAAAUUGCGAUUAUCUGACAAUAUGCGAGCAAAAACAGACCCCACAUUUUGUGAGUACUUGCUAAGAAUUGGAAAUGGAAAAGAAAAAGUACAUGAUAAUGAUAAAAUUCAAAUACCCCAUUGCUUUAUUAUACCUUUUAUUUCUGAAAAUGAAUCAUUAGAUGUCCUAUUUAGACUAACUUAUCCGGAUCUACAUACAUGUACUUCUAAUGUAUCUUCUAUGACCUCUCGUGUAAUUUUGACGACAAAAAAUGACUUCGUUGAUCAAAUGAAUGAUUUGCUUAUAACUCAAUUUCCUGGUGAUCCUAAAACAUAUGUUUCAUUUGAUGAGACUAUUGAACCGAAUGAUCAAAGUCAAUAUGAAGAUUUUCUACACACCCUACAUCCAGCUGGUUUGCCUCCCCACAAAUUGACAUUAAAAAAAUAUUGCCCUGUCAUGUUACUAAGAAAUCUAAAUCCUUGUGAGGGCUUAUGCAAUGGUACUAGACUUAUAUGUAAUGAUCUUCAAAAACAUGUUAUCAGUGCAACAAUUGCAACUGGAGAUUUCAAAAACAAGCAUGUAUUUAUUCCAAGAAUACCAUUAUUAUCAUCUGCAGAUGAAAAAUUGCCUGUUCCUUUUAAAAGAACACAAUAUCCUUUACGCUUAUGUUUUGCUAUGACAAUAAAUAAAGCUCAAGGUCAAACAUUGGACUUUGUUGGAAUUUAUUUACGAGAACCUGUUUUCUCACAUGGACAACUGUAUGUGGCUUUAUCAAGAGCAAGAAGUUCCAAUUGUAUAAAAAUAUUAAUUCGCCCACCAACACCAGAUGAUGACGAUGAUCAUUCAACAUACAACAUAGUCUACAACGAAAUCAUUCAAAAAGCAUUCACAUGAAACCAUCCUUGGAUGCCCCUAAAUCCUUUUGACUGUGCCUCUUCCAUCAGAAAAGCCUGCCCUCAGAUUUGACAAAGUCCUAUAGAUCAGUCCACCAUUAUGAUACAGUUUAUUCCUGCUUCCAUCGCCGUCUACCAAAACGACCGGAAAUGUUUCAAAAGAAAGUAGGCACGCCAAGCAUGGACUUUGAGGUGCUUCAGAAGAUUAAUGAAGCUUAUCUUCUCCUUCCUUCUCUGCUUCCAGACGAGUUCAUCUCUUAGUUACAAACUCAGACUAGGCGGUCAACAAGAUUUAGAGGAAUCCCCAGUCGUGGUCACAGGUUUGAGCAAACGACAACAACUUUUGCUGUCACUAAUAUGGACUAUUUCAUCGCUGGGAAUACUAGAGAUCCUACAAGCAAUGAUUGAUAAUGGCAUAUAUUACACAAAAAUAAAAAUGAACACAAAUGUUUACUGCUGCUCUUUUUUUCUUUCAAAGUGUUAAUUCUGGUUCUUUGUGAUCUUACGACAAUAUGCUUCUCUCUCACUUGUCUUAUGUUUUUCAUAGUGUUGAAAUUCACUGAACCUCAUAUGUUGUAUGU